AUGGAGCAGAUGGGCCAGUGGGGAAGAGACAUGAUUAGGCACUGGGAGAAUCCCAGCCAGUCCUCGGAGCUCCAACUGUCCACAGGCGCAGUGGCCAACUCCACCGUGCAGGCAGACCUGGCGAAGGUGAAUUCGAGUUGCGUUGCUGCAGAUCCACUGCGACGACAGCAGCUGCAAGGAAAGAUCUUGGCAACUUGUACGGACCUAUGCCAUGGUCCAACUUGCGCAGAGUGUGCGCAAACUUUCGGGGCGCGAGGACCCACCAGCUGGUCACUCCUGAUGAAGCAGGUGGAGCUGCUUGGCCACACUUUCCGGAGUUCCGUCCAGGAAGCCCGUGAGAAGGGCUUGGACAAGCAGGAGAAGCAGCUCUCGAUUUUCUGUUUCGCCUGGACUCCGCGCCGGGAUUACGAUGAGAAGAUGUUGGUUGAGACCAGAAAACAGUAUCAGAAGUGUGACGGGCACAUCUUCUACACAGAUCAUGCUGCUCCGGGAAAGCAGAAGGAGGCUGACUUCAUGAGGGUCGUGGUGCCUCCGCAGAGCGUGGACCGCGAUGACGACAACUGGCUCUAUCACAGGAACAUGGUUGGUCUCAUGCCGUCGUGGAACCAUCUCAUUCACUCGAAUUUCGUGCACCAGCAUGACUGGUUCAUCAACUCGGAGCUGGAUCACUUUCUUAGCCCGGCCCGGGCAAGGGAAACCAUUGCGGAGUACUUGCGUGGACUCCGCGGGGGCUCUGAGAAGGAACAGGCCAGCCUCGACGGGCCCAUCAUGCUGAUGUGGGGCAACGCUUUCGUUUUCAAUCGAAAGUUCCUGCUGGCC